AUGUCGACCACUUCUCAGAAGCACAGGGACUUCGUUGCUGAACCCAUGGGCGAUAAACCGGUGACUGCACUGUCGGGAAUUGGCGAAGUCUUGGGAAAGAAACUGGAGGAGCAAGGUUUUGACAAAGUGAGUAAAUUCGUUUUUUUUUUUUACCAACAAACUGUGGAUGACUCAGCUCUCUUUGAUUAGUUUUUUGAUGACACAGCGCUUCACAUGCUAUGGAUUCUAUACUUUUUUUUAGUUUUUUUUUUUUGCACCUCUUAGAAUAUUAGAUCAAAAGUAUUGUGGAGCUCCUGCGCCUUAAGUUGUCAAGGCGUUGGGGCAAAUGGGCACUAUUGUGAAAGUUUUUUUAGGGGGGCAAUCCUACAUGCACAUUUUUGUUCUAACCCUGCAGCACCAACAUGCCUAAUUCAACUAAUCAAACCCCUGAUUUGCUGAAUCAUGUGUUUGUGCUGGGCAAGAACAAAAGUGCACCACAGUGGGUCCCCAAGACCAGGCUUGUUUUGAUUUUCACCAUGGACAGUAACGACCUGCACUUAGAGCAGGCCCACUGCAACAAAGUAAUAUUUAGGAUAACUGCUGCAUAUCCUUCUUAGGCCUUUGCGGUUCUGGGUCAGUACCUGCUGCUGCGGAAGGAUGGGGAGCUGUUCACUGAGUGGCUGAAGGACACCAGCGGCGCCAACAGCAGGAAUGCCGCAUCCUGCUCCCAGUGCCUGAGAGAGUGGUGUGAUUCAUUCCUAUGA